AUGGGAGGACCUAGAGUCCAGGAGUGGACACCCACCAGCAAUAUUUCUGUUGUGGAAUGGAAGAAAACAUUCCGGAGCAGGAAAGCAACAGGGAAAUGGGUAGAGAGACCCAAGUUUCGUAAAAUAUGUUCAGUUACAGCCACCCCUACCAAGUCGCCAAUGAAGCAACCAUCCCAGGAUAUGCUAUAUCAUGGAGGAGAAGAUUACUUCGAGGACAUGGACCAGCAGAAUGUCUUGCCACUGCAGCUACCCAAGUCCCUGAGUCAGAAUGACUAUCUCAGGCAAUGGGUUCCAAGGACCAAAGAGUAUCUCAAUAUAUUGAUUGAAUGGGAAGCUCCUGCCAGUCGGUCAUGCAUAAUUUGUGGGACUGAUGGUGUAUACAAGUGUCACGGCUGCUUCAGAUGGAACACUGCAGGCUUCCAUUUCAUCGCAUCAGACUACCAGGGCAAUGAUGUAGAAAACCUGUUUGCUGACUAUGACACCGACAACGCCGAGGAUGCCGAUGACCUACCAGGGCCAACUGCCAAUGCCACUGAGCAGGGUGAACAACCGACCGGUGAGCGAACUUGGAUCCCCAAUGAUCUACCCACUUGGGUGCCGUUCAUUAAAAAUAGCAAGAAAAUAACAACAAUAGUUGACAAGUUCAGAGUACACACCCACAAAAUCAAGUAUUGCAUGUGCGCCGAUGCGCCGACUGCUGAUAUUCAGCUCUGUCAGAUGGGUUUGUUUCCGGCGUCCUUCACCCAACCCAAGACUGCCUUCACAUUUGAGGUCCUGGACAACUUUUUGCUGGACAACUUGGAGUGUGGGACAUCAGCAAUGAAUUAUUAUAAUAAGCUGAGGAGGAUGACCACAUCUGUCUUUCCUCAUCUUGUGCUGGACCGUUACUGGGAGCCAAUGAGGGUGGCUAGGCAGUGGCGGCAGCUCAAGCUAUUGAAAUGGAAUGGCUUCGGACAUGAGUCCAAAGAUAGGAAGCCUGGAGAUCUUGCUCUCUUCUGUCCAGCAUAUCCCCAGCCAGGCAUCAAUGUCACAUUGCCCCCUGAAGAUGAGCAAGGGGAAACCAACUCCCAAUCUGAACUCCCAAAGCCCAGUUGGCUCUAUUUCAGAUCGCUGGUCAUGGAUGGCAACUUCAAAGCAGAGCACCUGUAUGCAGUGAAUCCGAUGGAUGAAGUCUCCUUGAUGGAUGGUCGGGCCUUCAUGGUCGGCGAUGCCACCUACAAGGCUCAUCUUGCACAAGCAAAGGAUGCCAUACAACGGUCUGAAUGCAACAACCAUCGCGCCGUGAAUCAAGCAAAUGUAUCCUGGCACAGGCUAGAAGCAACCGGCAUCGGCAGUUGUGCAUGUGCAAGGCAUGGGUGCUUCAUUCCACAUGCAAUGGUCAAUUUUCAGAAGGGAGAAAGGCAGAUGAACAUGGACUAUGCCUUGUGUGAGGCAUUGAAACACAACGCCGGCGGCAUUCGGCGUGCACUGACGUUCUAUGAUGUCAACUGCCAGUAUCACAAGUAUCUCAGAGACCGAGUAUCUGACAGCCCAUUCUUAGAGCUUGACCAGGCAAUGGAGAUCAUGCUGGGGAUAGGCCUUUGGCAUGUGCAUGGCCACCAAGACAGCUGCUAUGUACGAUAUGCCUCCAACUUCAUCACCGGCGCCACAAGAAUUGACAGCGAGAUCAUGGAGACAUUGUGGGCACUGUUAAACAUCAUCUCGCCAUCGGCGAGGGGAAUGGGGACGCCGCACAGGAAGGAGUGCUUGGACUAUCAAAUGAAUGAUUGCAAUUUUAUGAAGAUGAUCAGGAUGAAUAGGCAAGCUGUGAAAGGAGUCACUGAGAGCACCGCCACGUUCCAGAAGCUAAAUGAAAGCACCAAUCCAGCAAAAGUGAUAGAGUGGGAAGAACAGGAAAGACUUGCACAGCAACGCCACACCAUUAAUCCAAAGGCCAUGGACAUAUAUGAGGAACAGGAACUGCAGUUGUUAGAGGUGAACGGUUGGCGACCUGGUCCAGCGCACCAGCGAGGAGCGGCGACAUGGCUGGCAGAGGGCCUGUCAAUUGAGGAGGCACAGCUGACACUCCAGAUGGAUCUAAGGAGGUUGGGGCGGCAUCCCACUGAAAGCCAGCGGUUGGAUAUUGCUCGCCAACGGGAGAGACUCCAGGGAGACAUUGAUCAGUGGUUGGCACAGGGUCUUAGGUUCCUUGGCGACGGCAUAGGGGACGGCAACAUCCAGCCUGAAAAGAUGGUCUUGCCUUUGCCAUCAACCCUGGGCCCAGAAAAGUGUGCCGACCUUGGCGCCGCAGAUCUUAUUCAUCAUGAACUGGCACUUCGGGAGGGACAGGCCAAUGAUGCCCUGCACAAUAUCAGAGUGCACUUGGCAGAUAAGGCUGUCAUUUUCAGGACUACCGUCAGAACAGCAAAGUCUCAGGCCAUGUCUACCAGAGCAUGGGCUCAAGUUCAUUCAGUGGACCGGGUGCUGGCUAACCUCGGCGCCGACGAUGAAUUGCUGGAGAGAUAUUGCCCCCUGCUCAAGGAGCAUCUCGAGGUUAGCACAGUGGUAGCUGAUCCAAAUGCAAGAGGACAGAGAAACAACACAUUGGCCUGGUUCUGGUCAAUGGAUGUGGAGGGGGAUUCUCAUAACAGUGAUUGGCUCAAUGAAUUUUACCAUGUGCACUGGCUUCGUGCCAAGGCAUUAAAAGACCGGUGGGAGGAAGAGUACCUCCUUGUGCAACAUGAGAUGAAUUGGACAUGCAAUUUCUUUAUGUAUAAAGCAAAGGUGUGGAUUCGGUUGGGCGCCAUCACCCAGGACAAGGUUGGACACGUUGCCUAUGUGGCGCGGCAGUGCAAGAUGUAUCAAUGUUUGUGUCAGGAUGCCAUGGAUGCAUUCAACAAAGCAAGGGAUACCACCAACAGAACGGCGAUCGUUCCCAAGGUAGAAUAG